AAUGCGAAUUGAGCAAGCAGUGAGGGCCCCACAGCAGGCCCUUGCUCUAAGAAGGGGCUGCUCUCCCGCCCGGGAAGCCCGGAGCCGGAUCUACAAUCCCGUCCCUCCCGCUCCGGCGCUUGUUGCUCGCCCAGCCUGAGCAGGAGCUGCGACCGCCCGGCAGCCGGUCUGCUCCUUCUCCUUCUUUUCGUGUCCCACCUUCCCCGAGAGCCGGUUGAACGGGGAGCAGUAGACUCAGCGCGAGGGAGGAGGUGUGGGGUGAAGCGGCAUUGCCCCCCACCUUCAAGUCUUUGGGCUCUACGUAGCCAAGGGGGCAAGACAUGCGUCGCUCCCCCCUGUCCAGCUUCGCUGCCGCCCGCGUCAGGAGAGGAGGAACUGAGGAGCCCACACCUGCAAAGUCACCCUAGAAGUCUCGGGGUGCGGCCAGGGGCCCCUCCCCGUUUCCCAGGGCCUCCACCUCUCGGCGGGUGGUCUCAGCCCCUGUCCGGGGACCCGUGCCAAUGACCCUAGUGGUGCUUUCUCUUUCUCCCCUUGCGGCGGUGUGAACGUGUGUCCGCAGCGUGAUGGGCAACCAGGUGGAGAAACUGACCCACCUAAGUUAUAAGGAAGUUCCCACCGCCGACCCGACGGGCGUGGACCGGGACGACGGGCCUCGCAUUGGGGUCUCCUACAUCUUCUCCAAUGACGACGAGGACGUGGAGACGCAGCCGCCGCCCCAGGGGCCAGAUGGCAGUGGCUUGCCUGGCCGCGGGGACGGGCUGCCACUGCCCCCACCCCAGCCCUACGACCCGCGGCUGCUCGAGGUGGAGUGUUCCGUGUUCUACCGCGACGAGUGCAUCUACCAGAAAAGCUUCGCGCCGGGCUCCGCGGUGCUAAGCACCUACACGCCUGAGAACCUGCUCAACAAGUGCAAGCCUGGCGACCUGGUGGAGUUCGUGUCGCAGGCGCAGUACCCGCACUGGGCAGUGUACGUGGGCAACUUCCAGGUGGUGCACUUGCACCGGCUGGAGGUGAGCAACAGCUUCCUGACGGACGCAAGCCAGGGCCGGCGCGGCCGUGUGGUGAACGAUCUGUACCGCUACAAGCCGCUGAGCCCCAGCGCGGUGGUGCGCAACGCACUAGCGCACGUGGGCGCCAAGGAGCGCGAGCUGAGCUGGCGCAACUCUGAGAGCUUCGCCGCCUGGUGCCGCUAUGGCAAGCGCGAGUUCAAGAUCGGCGGCGAGCUGCGCAUCGGCAAGCAGCCCUAUCGGCUGCAGAUCCAGCUCUCUGCGCAGCGCAGCCACACGCUCGAGUUCCAGAGCCUGGAGGACCUGAUCAUGGAGAAGCGGCGCAACGACCAGAUAGGGCGCGCAGCGGUGCUGCAGGAGCUCGCCAUGCACCUGCAUCCGGCGGAGCCCGAAGAGGGCGACAGCGACACCGCGCGGACUACGCCGCCUCUCGAGCGCCCCCCUGCGCCGGGCCGGGGUGAGGAGGACCGAGAGGCGGUCGUGCACUGACCCGCGAGCGGAGUGCAGAGCGGUGAGAGGUAGCUGUUUGCAGCAGCCGCUGCUCUCUCCCUCAUCUCACUCCUCCACCAUCUUCUGGGCCCCAUCUGGGCUCCUGGGCCGUUUGGAAAACCGAGAGUUGGCGAAAUGCGCAGCCAGCUGUGGCUUGAGCAUGCUAUCUGGGACAGAGGAGGAAGAGGGAACAGGUAGGAGCGCUUUGAUUGGGGGCACACCUGCCUGCCCUCAAUCUGCCUUCCUUUCUGAGAUGGGGCAAACUGUGGUCGCGCCUGACACUUAAUCCCUGCUGGACCUGGGUCCAAAAUUGACUCUUCCUUUGCACGCGGGGGUGGAGAAAAGUUCCAAGUAUCAACACCUGCCAUUGCCCCCUUCCUGCUUCCCUCCUACCCUGGGCUUGAAGGAUGCCCUGUACUAAGGCCAGAGUGGGUUUGCUGAGGCGCCAGGCAAGCGCAGAGAGCCGCUUGUCUGCUACCCCAGUGGAGCUGCGUGUGGGAUCCUGGAGGCCGGGGUGAUUUAUUUUAUGGGAUUCCUGGGUGCAAGACUGGAGAAACCAGGACCAGGUCUGGGAGCAGCAGACCAAAAGCAAACAGCCGCCUGUGAAGUGUAACAAAUAGUUGAGUAAAUUUGGGCUACAAAACAAAGACUUUGCUACUUCCCCCCUCCGAAUCCCCCAGUAAUUCAUCUUCUGGAGCUGGCUUCUAGCUGAGUCUCUUGCUUCCUCCUCCAUCCAUCCACCACUUUCCAGGUUGCAAGUAAAUCAUUGUCAUGGACCAGCUAGGGGAAGGAUUCAGUGAUGGUGCUGUUUGGCCACCUUUGUUUCUUGCCUGUUAUUGUGGGCACUUAACAGCUAUGUUAUUUAUUAUCAAAGGAGGGACUAGCUAGCCCUUUGUGUCUCUGAUCUAAUUACACCCGCUUGGCUGUGUUCAUCCUCAGUCCCACACGGGGUUGGCAGGUGCCACUCCUAAAGUAUACACUACAGAAGCAGCCAAACAGGGUUGCCCUGGCAGGAAUUAGUCAAUCCCUCCCACUCCCCAGUGAACCCCAUUCCUGAACAGCGAAGGUAACCUUUUUAAAAUGUAAGGCUUUGGUGGUGGUCCUGUGAAUUUUAAUUUUCCCUCACUGCCCCAUCCCUCUCACUUUUGUUCUGCUGCUGGUAAAAUCUUAGGCUUGAGGCAUAUUUCAAUAAGUAUUUUGAUAGCCACACCUGAUGCACACUUAAUUCAAGCUGCAAAGUCUUGUUAUAGUGCAGCAGCCUCCUUGUUGCUUGGAGAACACCCCUUCAGAAUGCUUGCUCAAUUACGAGAGGUGAUGGCCAUUACAAAUGCCACCUGAUGUAGUCAGUGCUGAAUGUGGUGACAGCCCUGAAGCACAGGUUGGUGUUGGUGGGAUCUGUUGGCAGCAGGCUUGCUGGUACUAUUUGGUUCUGCUGCUGAGCUACUAUUUGCUUUCCAAUGAGACUUUUAAAAAAUGUUACCACUGAUCCCUUGUAUUCACGUGAGCUCUUUAAUGAUGUGUGGCCUCGAUUUCAGAAUGCACCUCUGCUGCACACCGCCCUGCUACUGCUGUCUCAAAAGUUGAGUCAAGUUUCUCUUUCUCUCGGGAGUCAUUAGCGAUAGCACUGAACAAGUCAUGUUGUGACCUAAAUCUUAGAGCUGGAGUAGAAUCAUACUUGAGUGUUCUACAGCCGUGGUCAUCCUUGGGCUUUCUGCCUAGAGAUGUCUAAACAAAGGCAACAGGACUUGAAGGAUUUUCUUGUAUACUUUUUUUCAAACUUGGGAAUCGAGGCCAUUUUUAAAAGCCUCCAUAGCACCUCAACAUGACAUCAUUUCAUUACAAGGGCAUUAGCUGUGUCUCCUGUUUGUAUAGGGAUCACCAAAGAAGUCCUGUCAUUGUGUUUGUUAAAGAUGAACCACACCCAGCCCCAGUCUGCGACUUUGGAGAAACAUCAGUCUCCUCCUGGAAAUGUAGGUCUAGUUUAGUGAAUCUCACUGCCUUGUGUUUAUUUUCUUUUGCUCAUGGAAAAGUGGAGUGAGAUAAACAUGGGUAAAGACAUAAGGAGAGCCGGCUAUACCUGCAGAUUUGGAUUCUCUUUUACGCUUAACACAGUAGUGGAAAUGGAAAGGAAUGACCAAUGUGCAGACAGCAGGAACGAAGAAGAGCAAAACGGCACCGCCCAGCACAUCUGGGCUAGCUAGCCAACGCUUUCCCACUCCCCCAUCUCUGUCACCCUCCUUUGCCCUCAAAUGGAAAGUGAAUGUCAUUGGUCAUACUGAGGCAGAACAGUGCCUACCUGCUGUUGCAAAUGAUCGGCUUUUUGUAAGAAGUCUCAGUGUGAAGGAAGAACUGUAAGAUCUACACCGACAGUAGCAUCCUGCCUCUAGAGAAGAGGUUUUGGAUAACUGGGCUUGAAAAUGACCUAGAAGAGGGAAUAGAUGUACUCCAGACCCUGCUUUCCCAUUUAAAACAAGUGUUUUUCACAGGUUACCAGAGAUGUGAAAUGCGUAAUACUUAGGGACAGUAAUUCCACUGGAAGUUUUCUUAGGGUUAUCAAGCUUCAAGUGGAGCACCAACCAACCAGUGAAGGUGCCAAGAAAAGGAGAACCGAAACAACUCUUGGCUCUUUCCUCAAGAUGGCAGUGUUGUGGACAAAUGAGUUUUUAAUGCCAGGCAAUGGCGACAUCUGGCACUUUACAAAAUAUAUUUAUAUUUAAUGAUUUUGUUUCUCCUUAGGAUUAAGACUUUAGAGUUAUUUUGUACUGUGAAUUACGGAUGCUCUUUGAAGGAAAGAAAUAACACUUCUAAUGUUCUUCCAAAGGUCUGGCAGGGAUAAGCAGGGCACCUGACCGGAACGUACGCUAAAUGUAAUCAGACAAAUUCUAUUUUCUUACUUGAGCAACUAUUUUAUUGAGACUGCUUAUGUAUGUCAGAGGAGCCCACAACUUCAGCGACACAACUUUUUGUAUUGAAAGAACACAACUUUUUGUAGUUCUUCCACAUUUAAUUUAAAAUAACUUUAUAGCACUAACAUGCCUAGCAGAGGACUUGACUCCAGACCUUUACGGAAAUUUUUAGUUUUUAUGAAAAAUGACCCUUCAGCGGUUAAACUUCUCAUGUCUUUGGUGCUUCUGGCCCUAAUAGCACUACUAGACAACACUACAGCCACAUGGAAACAUAUUUUUGGAAGCAAAACUUUAAUUUUAUACGACAUAUGCUAUGGAGAGUGAAGAAAACUUAAGGACUACUUGUUUUCUAUUUUUUUCUUAACAAAAUGGAAUCCACUGUGUUGAAGACUCUUGAUAUUAUGUGAUUGUCUAACCAUUUUUUAUAAAUUAGCAUAAAAUUUAGUGUGAUCAUGGUCACUGAAUGGAUUUCUUUGGAAAGUUAUAUUUUAUUUAUGAAUUUUUUUUUUUAAUCAGGGUUAACUAACACUUGACUGGUUAUUCAAUGUUUCGUUCUGUUGUUUUGUUCUUAGCUGUAAUACUUGUAACUCACGGAGAAUUACACUAACAUAAAUUCCACAUGUAUUUUUAUUUCCCAGUGAAUUGUGUAAACUUUAUUUUUGUUGAUUGUAUGUUAAAUCAAUGUUAUGUUCUCAUACCACUUCUUGAGAAGGAGGUACUGAUUUGAAAUUGUAUCAUUUCCUUCAAAAUGAAGGGCAUUGCUUAGUUAAAUAAAAGAUUGAUGAUAUCUUUUAAACCA